AUGGUGCUGUGGCUAGGAGUGGUUAAGGGACUUCGAGAGCACGGGAGGAGAUGGGGCUCACACCAGACCAGAGCCAGCACACGCGCCGGAAAUGGAAAACUGAUGCGCAAUGGACAGGAUAAAAAGGCGGUGAUCUGUAUUGAAGGGAACAUUGCCAGUGGGAAAACAACAUGUCUCGAGUAUUUCAGCAGAACCAAUAACAUAGAGAUCCUGACAGAGCCUAUUUCCAAGUGGAGAAAUGUGCGCGGCCACAACCCUCUGGCUUUAAUGUAUCAGGAUCCUGAGCGCUGGGGCAUCACCCUCCAAACCUACGUCCAGCUCACUAUGCUGGACCGGCACCAGGCUCCAUUAGAUGCACCUGUCAGAAUGAUGGAGAGAUCCCUGUACAGUGCCAAGUACAUCUUUGUGGAGAAUCUCUUCAAAAGUGGAAAGAUGCCAGAAGUAGACUAUGCUGUCCUCUCUGAGUGGUUUGACUGGAUCACGACAAAUGUACACAUUCCAAUCGAUCUCAUUGUCUACCUCCAGACCUCUCCAGAGACUUGCCAUGAGAGGCUGAGACUCCGUUGCCGGGAAGAAGAGAAGGUCAUUCCCCUUGCGUAUGUUGAGUCCAUUCACCAGCUGUAUGAAGACUGGCUUAUCAACCACAGUAAACCUCUGCCUGCCCCUGUCCUGGUCAUCCCAGCAGACCACGACCUCCAGAAGAUGCUGGUUGAGUAUGAGGAGCACCGGGACAGGAUCCUGGCAGCAGCCGGCUCCAGAGGGUCCCAGGGUCACUCCCCAAGCCUUAAGCUCUGUAUAUAA